GUGAGGGAGGGGCAACUGUUCUCAUAGCCUCAGGGCACGGGAUACGCCCCUUGCCCCGCCCAUAGGGCGGGGCCGGGCUUCUCCCUCCCUCCCACCAACCAAAACAUUGACAUGUGCUUCUCGCGUCCUUCAGUCACGUGACGAGGGCGGGCUUUGCGGGCGCGUGACGUCACAAACACCCGCCGCCAAUCGAAAAUCGUGCUGCUGGGUAGCAACAAGCCCAGCCGUAAGUAACCAAUCAGCGGGAAGCUGGGGGCGGGGAUUUCAUCCCCAACCUUAGUUCCGUCAACAGCCUUGAGCUGUUGCUGCUGCGGCUUCGCCAGAUUUCGGGAUGUGGGGGAAGGUACAUGACUUCUGAAUUUCUAAUGCAGUAAAACAUUUGUUUUAUAAUUUCAGGAAAGCCAUGCCAUUUUUGGGCCAAGACUGGAGAUCUCCAGGAUGGAGAUGGAUUAAAACAGAAGAUGGUUGGAAAAGAUGUGAAUCCUUCAGUCCAGAACUUGAGGAUGAGAACAGCCAGCUCAAGAGCAUCAGUCACUCUGUCAUCUUAACUGAUGAUGAAGAAGAAAUAUACAGGACUGAAGACUGUGAAUUUGCAGCCAAGAAAAGGAAAAAAGAUCAUAUUCGGAGUAACACAAAAUCACAAUGUUUUUAUCAUGAAAAAUGGAUCUAUGUUCACAAAGAAAGCACCAGAGAAAGACAUGGCUAUUGCACUCUGGGAGAAGCUUUUAAUCGCUUAGACUUUUCAAGUGCAAUUCAGGACAUCAGAAGGUUCAAUUACGUGGUCAAAUUGUUGCAGUUAAUUGCAAAAUCACAGCUAACUUCACUGAGUGGUGCAGCACAGAAGAACUAUUUUAAUAUUUUGGACAAAAUUGUACGAAAGGUUUUGGAAGACCAACAUAAUCCACGCUUAAUCAAAGAUCUUCUUCAGGAUUUGAGUUCUACCCUCUGUAUACUUAUUAGGGGAGUAGGGAAAUCUGUAUUGGUCGGGAACAUCAAUAUUUGGAUUUGCCGAUUAGAAACUAUCCUUACGUGGCAACAACAGCUAAAAAAUCUUCAGAUGAACAAGCAAGUCAGCAACGGUCUCACACUCAGCGACCUCCCUCUGCAUAUGCUGAAUAACAUUUUAUACAGAUUCUCAGAUGGCUGGGAUAUUAUUACACUAGGUCAAGUGACCCCAACACUAUACAUGCUCAGUGAAGACAGGCAUUUGUGGAAAAAACUUUGCCAGUACCAUUUUGCAGAAAAACAGUUCUGUAGGCAUUUGAUCCUGUCAGAAAAAGGUCACAUUGACUGGAAGCUGAUGUACUUUGCACUUCAAAAAUAUUAUCCCAUAAAGGAACAAUAUGGAGACACGCUGCAUUUUUGUCGACAUUGUAGUAUUCUGUUUUGGAAGGACUACCACCUUGCUUUGUUACUCAAGGAUACAGGACAUCCCUGCACAGCCAAUGAUCCAGACACCUGCUUCAUGCCAGUUUCUCCUCAACACUUCAUUGAUCUCUUCAAAUUUUAAGAUGUGCAAUAGCCUUGUUUUUGUUUUUUUUUUAUUUUUGUAAAGAAUCAUGCAGUAGUAGUAUUCUUCCUGUGCAAUAUCUUUUUUAAUGUAUUUCAUAGUUAAAAGGGAAGUCUAGGAGGAAGGGGAAAAUUGAACAAAUUCCACGUAUCACUUGUGUGCAGAAAUGAACUGACGAGGAAUAAACAUCUCCAAAGAAGACACAUUCUAUAGAGAUGCCUGUAAGAGACUCUUCUAAAUCCAAGAAGAAAUACAUGUUUAGUCCUGCCUGUAAGUCCAUUUUGUACUGAUUUGACAUUUCAUUCAAACUGUUGGGACUUGGGGGGGAGAGUAAUUGAAAGUGCUAGUCUUAGAGUUACCAAAAACAAUUUGUCUUAAUCCUUUAUUCAUUUGAUGCAACCAUUUUCCAAGAACUUAAUCAUCUGAUACCUUUUUGGACUCCUUGAUAUUUAUGAAGUCAAUUAUCAAGUCAGCAUUAGUCAUUGUGAGUUUGUGAAUAAAAUAAUAGAGUUGUGAUUGUCUGUCUGUCUGAACUUUGUUAUGAAGGAAACCAUCCUCUGUACAUUAUGCAAAAUAUUUAUUUUUCUUAAAAGGUAUUUUAUUAACCACAUCAAAUCUGUUUAAAGGUAUCCUAAAUAGUAUGGGAGAUUGUUCAGUGGCUGCUAAAGAAUGAUGGUUUUUUUCCCCCAGUGGUAGCCCCAGUCUUCAUUUUUAUUUCAGUUUUAAGUUUUUCUGUUAAACUUGCAGACAGACUUUUAGACAUCCAAAAAAGAUAUGUUACUGGACUUUAAUUCAGAAAAUGAAUACCCUGUGUUGCUAGGUCUCUGAUAUAGCGGUGGUACUGUAUUGUUCUAGUAACUGAGGCUGAGCUGGAAAUUCUUUAUACCAGCAGGUGGGUUGUUGAUCUGGAGCUCCUCCUGCUGACUAACCCCAUAGUGACAUGAAUUCUGCAAGAAGCUACCUUUUUAUACCAUUGUAAAUUAGGAGUAAUUACAGAGGAGGGAAGGGGUGCUGACAGGAAAAAAUAACAAGUGAUCAAAGUUUUUGGAGAUCAUUUGCCAACUGUGCAAUGUACAGACAAAAUACAAAAUAUGUGAUAUCACACUGCUUGUUUUGAAUCUAGUUUUGUACACAAUGUAAUAAAUCAUGUUUUACCUAUAA